GAAGGAAUAGCGGGCGCACCUUCCGGUCCUGCUCCUCUCGGGCCACGAAGGAGGAGCCGCAUUGCCUGGCAGAGCAGCUGGAGGCUGGUUGCAUGGAGGGAGCCGCCAGCGGAAGGUGCGGCGGGUUUGAUUUUUGGGGGUGGAAAAGUGGGGACCCCGUUGCCGUGGGCGGCCGUGGAGGCGGAGAGCGGCUCCAAAGGCUGGAGCCCCUGAGCCGCUGGUUCAAAUGCCGCCUCUCUUAGGGACUAGGAACUUGGGGGAGCUGCUCUAGGCAGGUUUCAGAAGGGAGUCCUUCCUGGAGAUGCCAUUGCGGGUGGGUCCUGGGAUCUCCUGCCUGCAGAGGUGGUGAUCCGCCUCUGAUUUUCGCUGCCCUUCGCCUCCCAAAAAAGAAAAAUAUUAACUGGGUUAGGAACCAUAAUGUGGUGGUUAUGGUUUGCUAGGGAGAAGAGAGCAGAAGGGGAGAAACAGCAACUCCGAGGGGUUAAAGGGCGGGAAGGCGUCAGAAGGAACAGAAAAGCUGAAAUUGUGGUUUGACGGCGUGUGUUAAAAAUGUUGAAACUUAAUAAAAUAGAAUUGGGGCGGGGGGAACUGGAUUGGGAAUUAGGGACAUAGGAAAGUGCCUUGAACGUAAGUGCUGUGGCCCUUGUAGCUCAGUAUUGUUCAUACUGGGAUGUCAAGAGUCGUUUAUUGUUGUUGCCAGGAUUGCUUUGUUGUUGUUGUUAAUGAUUUAGAACUGUGGUCCGUGGACCCCCAAGGUCUGCGUAACCCACCCAAGGGUCCAUGAGCACCAUUCACAUAACAAAAACGACCAUAGAGGUGUCAACAUUUUCAAAUGUAGGGGGUCUAUGGCUGGGCUUUUGAAAAACGGGGUCCGCAGUACUUCACAUAGGAAUGGUCUUCAGUGGUUCCCAAUUAGCUGAGUUACAACUCCAUCGGACAGGCCUUUGGAAUGUAAUACAUUCAAAUCUUUCAUAAAUGUGGUGGAAGGGAGGUUAGCCAUCUGUGAUUUGGUUGAGAUUCCUGCAUUGCAACUUUGCAACUUUUUGCAGCUGUUGUUAAAGUUGCAAAAUGACAGAGCGAUGGAGAAAUCUCUGAAACAACAAUGGGAUAUCAGCUCAGGCAUGACGGAGAACAGCAACAACCGGGAAAAGAUAGACAAAGCAUUUUACAAGUACAGGAAGAAAUAACAUGGACAGAAUAAUUGUCACAAACAGGAAGAACAAGGAUAUAGAUUGAGUUCCUCAUUUGUAGUUCUAUAAAUCAUUUAAUGUGUCAGCACGAAUAGAAGUUAUUAAUAUUGCAGUUGUUGUAGAAGGGAUUAUUAUUUUGACUGGGAUGUAAUUGAAAGUAAUAAGAUUUUGGAACUCACAAAUAAAGAAAAUCAUCAAACCGCCAAUUCUACCUAAAUUAUAUAAUUUGGUAUUUGGUAAUUAUAUAAAUUGGUAUUAGUAAUUGUAUUAUAAUUUGGUGUUAGGGUAUUAUUGGAUUGAAAUGGAAAAUUAAUUAAAAAAUAUGAUAUAAAAAAGAGAUUCCUGCAUUGCAGGAGGUUAGACUAGAUGAUCCUGGGGGGGUUGUGUGUGUGUGUGUGUGUGUGUGAACGCACGCCAAAGUAAAGAUGGGUGUCUUUUGCAUGUACUGCAAGCUGUACAAUGAAGGUACCCAGCGCACAUCUGUGGGGAGGGAAUUCCUUCUGGCACAUCUAUGGGGAGCAGCCCUCUGUAGGGGCUGCUACAGAGAAAGCCCUCUUUUGGGCUGCCUCCCCCCCCCCCCCCAGGAAUGAGGGUGAUGAAACUACCAAGACACACCCCCCCCGCGCUGAUUUUAACCCCUGAGAAAGUAUGGAAGGGAGCGUCUUUCAGAUUCCUCUUGUAAACUGUGCUUCAUGCUGUUAACCACUCUCUACCGUUAUCCCUUACAGUUUUCGGCAAGCAGCUACAUCUCUGCCAUCAUGGUGAAAUCAUGUUGUGCAAUAAACUGCAACAACAAAUUUUUGCUGGGCAACAAUAUCUCAUUUCACAGGUAAGGUGCCUUUAUGAUGCCCUUAGGCUUGAACUGAAUUUCCUCCAUACUUGGUACAUUCCCUGCAUAUAGAAAGCUAGCAAAUAAUGGAGGACAUGCAGUGAGUGAUGUGGCAGCUCCACUGGUCUGAUCUGGCAGGGCCCUUCUAACAAUUUUCAUGUUACCAUAUCAAAGAGGAUAGUUUAUAAUUAUGGCUUCCUCCUGAUGUACUAAGCAAGGAAUCUUUAAAUACAUAUAUAUAUUAUUAACUAAAGCGGGAAACGUUCUAUCAUGUGAGCAUUGAAAUUAUGUGAGCACCCCACCUGCAGUCUGAAAUGGUACUGUCUGCAUAUAGCUUUGACUGCAAGCUCAUUUUCCCCCAUUGCUAAGCUGUCAUCUCCACUCUGUGGUACCCCUCCACCGGCCCUGGUGAUGCUUUGCUGCUCAUCAAUUGCACCUCGGGAGAGAGCAAGGGCAUAAGAAGAGUGCUGGGGACCACCUUCAGAGACUUGGCGGGCUGGAUUAAGCCCACAAACUGGUAGUUCCCCAUCCCCAAACUAUAUCUGUAAUCAACAUGCUGAUGCUGGGGUUGCACGGAGAGGUAUCCUUUCUUAGAAGCCAGCCAGUGUUCCUGCUUCCUUGCUCCUCUGUCCCCCCUCCAUCAAAAUCUGUGGCCCCAUCUGCACUAUAACUUUAAAGCAGUAUCAUACCUAGGACCCACGUACCUACGGGACCGCCUCUCCUGGUAUGCCCCUCGGAGGACCUUGAGGUCCACAAAUGACAGCACUUUGGAGAUCCCAAGUCGCAAGGUGGUUAGAUUGGUCUCAACUAGGGCCAGGGCCUUUUCAGUACUGGCCCUGACUUGGUGGAAUGCUCUGCCACAAGAGACUAGGGCCCUGCGGGACUUGACAUCUUUCUGCAGGGCCUGCAAGACAGAGCUGUUCCGCCUGGCCUUUGGUUUGGACUCAGUCUGUCCCUUAUGUUUUGGUCCCCUUAUGGUUUUGAUCUAUGGGCUACUUUUAAAAUGAGGCUGCAUUUUAAAUUGUUUUUUUAACCUGUAUUUUAAAUUGGUUCCCCCCACCAUUAUGUUUUUAUUGUAAUUUUACUGGUGUUAGCGGCCCUGAGCCCGGCUCUGGCCAGGGAGGGCGGGGUAUAAAUAAAUUAAUUAUUAUUAUUAUUAUUAUUAUACCACUCUAAAUAGUCUGUUGGAGCACUUGGGCAUGAUCAGGAAACAGCUCCAAAUGUGAGAGGCCUGAGCAAGUUCCCUUUGCACCAGCAAAAGGGAAAAAUAGACGGCAAACUUAGUCAGCGGCUUCAUUUACUGGUAGGCUUGAUCAUACACAGUUAACAUGUUUGCAGAGUCUCCUGCUAGAGCACUAGCAGGGUUACUCCCUUAGGUGGAGAAUUGCCACCUGGACUGCACAGCAAAACUCACAGCAAAGUACAGAUCCCAGUUGCAGGUUCAUAUGUAGCUCCAAGCACAGCACAUAGCCCAGCAGCAGCAAGCAGGUAGGUGUUAUACAGCAGAGAUAUUGUGCAGCAGAUAGAAUUUGCUGGUCUAGUUCCUCUUAUAUAGGCAGGACAAUCACAUUCUGGCCAGUUGCCAGUUGCUGAUUCAGCAGUUGCCAUUCAGAUUUGGCCAGGUAUAAGCAAUCAGCAAUCUUGCACUUAAAACCAGCCGCAAGCAAUCAGCCCUUACAUUUUUCCUGGGCAAGAGUAAACCUCCUUCAACACAGUCAUGCUUUUCCCAAAGAAUUCUGGGAGCUGUAGUUUGUUAAGGGUGCAGAGAGUUCGUAGGAGAACCCCCUAUGCUCCUCACAGAACUAUAAUUUCCAGAGUUCCCUGGGGAGAGGGAUUGGCUGUCAAACCCCUCUGGAGAUUGUAGCCCUGUGAGGGAGAAUGUGCUAAACUAGAUGGACCAAGGGUCUGACUAAAGGUCAGGCAGUACUUGCUGGGAUAGCUCAGUUGGUUAGAGCGUGGUGCUAAUAACACCAAGGUUGCAGGUUCAAUCCCUGUGUGGGCCAGUUGCAUAUUCCUGCAUGGCAGGGGGUUGGUCUAGAAUAUGAUCCUGUGGUCCCUUCCAUCUCUCUGAUUCUAUCUAGUUAUAGCCGUGUGUGUUUGUUUCAUAGUUAUGAGCACAGCUUCUGGGUAUCAGUGAGGAGAGGAGUUUGGGACUUUUAAUCCAUUUGUGCUAUAUAUAUAUAUAUAUAUAUAUAUAUAUAUAUAUACACACACAUAUAUGUGCAUUUCCUCCAUAACUCACACAGACAUUUCCCCUUACUUUCUAGGAGGAAAAAAGUGAGUGUUAUGGUGCAAAAAAUACGGUGUGUGUGUGUGUGUGUAUAUAUAUAUACACACACACACACACACACACCCCGUAUUUUUCGCUCUAUAACACGCACCCGACCAUAACACGCACAUAGUUUUUAGAGGAGGAAAAUCCAUAGGCAUGCCACCCGUAGGCACAGACAUUUCCCCUAACUUUGUAGGAGGGAAAAAGUGAGUGUUAUGGUGCAAAAAAUACGGUGUGUGUGUGUGUGUGUGUGUGUGUGUGUAUAUAUAUAUAUAUGUGUGUGUGUGUGUGUGUACACACACACACACACACACACAGUGGAUGCUAGGGUUGCGAACGUGAUCCUUGCGGGAUGCACGCUCGCAACCCACAGUGUUCGCAACCCGCGUCUGCGCACGCACGGGUUGCGAUUCAGCGCUUCUGCGCAUGCGCAAAGCUCGAUUUAGCGCUUCUGUGCAUGCGCGACUGCUGAAACCCGGAAGUAACCUGUUCCGGUACUUCCGGGUUUCGGCGGUCCGUAACCCGAAAAAACACAACCUGAAGUGGCUGUAACCCGGGGUAUGACUGUAUAUCACAUACUUGUCAUAGGUUUCCUCUGGGGAAAAAAGAUCUGUUGAAAAAGUGGGUUUGGAACAUCCGUCGCAAGAACUUCACUCCCACGCGGCACCAUGUGAUCUGCUCGGAACAUUUUUGCGAGACGGACUACCUUGAAAACGUAGCUUCCGGGAGGCGGUACUUAAAGCCUGAAGCGAUUCCGACAAUGUUUAACAUACCCGAGCGGCUGAAGAAGGUAAAUCUCACCGUCCUCCCAUCAAUCUCGUGGAUGGACGCCUUUGCUAUACAGUACAAUUGUGCCCUACACGGGGGUCUGGCUCAGAGUGUUCUACGUAUAUGCAGAAAUGUGUGUACUCGAACCCUUGGAGCCGUCCCUUCGCAAGUAUACCGGUUUCCCUGUGGCUGGCUUGCUGAAAGGGCCUCGCUGCCCCAAGGAACUCAGAGCCUCUCAAAAUAGCUUUUUUUUUUUUUUUUUGCUUUUUGUUGUACCUGGAGCCGCUGGCAAGAGCAGCCUUACCACACAGGAACCCUUUCCUCCUUAGAAAGAAUAAUCUUUGCUUCUCUGCCUUCCUUGGGGAGCAAGGUGCUCUCUGUGCUCUGACUCCAGAUGCCCUGGGAUGUUCUUGUGAGAUCUCAUGGGAGCACCUUAGACCCAGCGUGUAGAGAGGGCCUUUAUGACUUACAUAGCUGCAGGUGGAAUGCCUCUGAAUACCACUUGCUGGGAAUCACAAGUAGGGAGUGUGCUUGCGUGCAUGCUCUAGUUAUCUCCCACUUAGACUACUGCAAUGCACUCUACAUGGGGCUACCUUUGAAGGUGACCCGGAAACUACAACUAAUCCAUAAUGCGGCAGCUGGACUGGUGACUGGGAGCAGCCGCCGAGACCAUAUAACACCGUUCCUGAAAGACCUACAUUGGCUACCAGUACGUUUCCGAGCACAAUUCAAAGUGGUGGUGCUGAUCUUAAAAGCCCUAAACGGCCUCAGCCCAGUAUACCACCCCCAUCGUUCAGCCCAGACUCUGAGGUCCAGUUCCGAGGGCCUUCUGGCAGUUCCCUCCCUGCGAGAAGUGAGGUUACAGGGAACUAGGCAGAGGGCCUUCUUGGUAAUGGCACCCGCCCUGUGGAACGCCCUCCCAUCAGAUGUCAAGGAAAUAAACAACUAUUUGACUUUUAGAAGACAUCUGAGGGCAGUCCUGUUUAGGGAAAUUUUUAAUGUUUGAUGUUUUAUCUUGUUUUUAAUAUUCUGUUGGGAGCUGCCCAGUGUGGCUGGAGAAACCCAGCCAGAUGGGCGGGGUAUAUUAUUAUUAUUAUUAUUAUUAUUAUUAUUAUUAUUAUUUUAUUAUUAUCCCAUAGGCCAAUGGUAGGCCACUGUUCAAAGUUUGAUUUUCACACAGGGCAGUAAAAAGAGGCGACCCCACGUCCGCCGUGAUCCUCUACCAAGCCGUCAGUUGAAAACCAAGGAGAGCGAGGCAGAAGUGCCUUCCCCUGGGAGCGAUGUUGUGGGGCUGGAGCACUCCUACUCUCUCCCAGCCAGUCCAGGUAGGUCAGCAACUAAACUUCACAAAAGGCGCUGCUGGAAUACAGCUUUCUGUAAAAAGAGACCGAGCGUAUGAGUCUGUGGAAUGCUCUCCCCAGGGAGGUUCGGCUGGUGCCUUUAUUAUAUAUCUUUAGGCACCUGGCAAAAAUGUUCCUCUUUAGCCAGGCCUUUGGCUGACGCCCUUUUAAAAUGUGUUUGGGGUGUGUGUGUUAUUGGAUUAUGUAUUUUGUGGUUUUAUCUUGUGGUUUUAUUUUGUGAACCACCCUGAGACCUGCAGAUAAAUUGUGGGAAUGUUAAGGAUAAUAGGAGAGGAUACAGUGAUUAAAUAUUAUCACUCACGCUAGUGAGUCAUGUAGCAGAGCAGAUUCCCCUCAAUUCAGUAGGAAGCAAGUUUGCAGAUUCAUUUGAAUCCCUUUAGUUAAGCAAUCCAAUCUGGCUUGCCCAGAUCGAUUAUUCCUGGUGUCCCCUUUUAUCCCUCUUAAAAGAAUAAUGACACAAGAGUCUUUCCUUAACAGUAACAAGAACUUUACUCGCAUUCAGUUCACAGUAUGAUCCCUGAAGGCAGGUUUUAGCUAGUAGUUACGUAACAAAGUGUGAGUUCAUCCCAUAUGGGGACUGAGCCCAUGUGCUGCUGGCCGAGAGCCAGCAGACAGCAAAAUACAUUAAGAGAACAGCAUCAAGAGAAGAAAAUGGCUGCAGGAGAGCAGCAUGGCAGCAAGAGGAAGAUGGCUGCGUGACUUGGCUCUUUUAUGGAGUCAGCCAGGGUCACGCCCACCUCCCUGUUCACAUGCAGGGGGAGAACGCUGCAGACCAGUGGAACAGGAAGUUACGCUGGCUGGAGUAACACUCCCCCUGCCUGUGUUCACUCUAGGGAAACAAGGAAUGUUGUAUUUGACUGCUCCAACGGAUUAGUAAAGGUAAAGGGACCCCUGACCAUUAGGUCCAGUUGUGACUGACUGGGGUUGCGGCGCUCAUCUCGCUUUAUUGGCUGAGGGAGCCGGCGUACAGCUUUCGGGUCAUGUGGCCAGCAUGACUAAGCCACUUCUGGCAAACCAAAGCAGCGCACAGAAACGCCGUUUACCUUCCUGCCGGAGUGGUACCUAUUUAUCUACUUGCACUUUGACGUGCUUUCGAACUGCUAGGUUGGCAGGAGCAGGGACCGAGCAACGGGAGCUCACCCUGUCGCGGGUAUUCGAACCGCCAAUCUUCUGAUCGGCAAGUCCUAGGCUCUGUGAUUUAACCCACAGCGCCAAUGGAUUACAUCCUGCAUAAAUAAAAAUAUUUUAGUAUUGAUCAACAUAAUUUAUAGUUUGCUAUUGAGCCCAGUGAAUUGACCAUCAAAUGCCCCAUCCUGGUAUUCCCCUCUUGUCCUUAAAAACUGUUAGCCCGGGAUCUUCGCUUGACAUCUGUGCGGGAGCAUGACCUGACAGACCCCACGGCAGGAAACGGCCCUCGCUUCCUCCAGCCCAGGCCUUGGAGGGAAUGCAGGGAGAGGACAUGGCAGAACAUCUCAGAGGAGCCCGUCGACAACUCGGACACCCAUCGCCAACGUUUCCGCCAGUUCCGCUACGAGGAGGUCCAAGGACCCCGAGAGCUUUGCGACCGGCUCUGGGACCUUUGCCACCAAUGGCUGAAGCCCGGGAAGCACACCAAACUGCAGAUGCUGGAGCUGGUCAUCCUGGAGCAGUUCCUGGCCAGUCUUCCCUGGGAGAUGCAGGACUACGUCAAGGAAGAGCAACCAGCAAACUGUGAUAGUGCCGUGACCCUUGCCGAGGAUUUCCUGAAGAGAGGGCAAGGGGAAGAGGUGAGUUCAUUUCCCCUAUGGUGGAUCCAGGCCACUGAGACUGGUUGCACAAGCUGAAAGCAUAGCGUUCCAAUAAGAGUAAAGGUAAAGGUAAAGGGACCCCUGACCAUUAGGUCCAGUUGUGGCCGACUCUGGGUCUGCAGCGCUCAUCUUGCUUUAUUGGCCGAGGGAGCCGGCGUACAGCUUCCGGGUCAUGUGGCCAGCAUGACUAAGCCGCUUCUGGCAAACCAGAGCAGCGCACAGAAACGCCGUUUACCUUCCCGCCGGAGCGGUACCUAUUUAUCUACUUGCACUUUUGGUGUGCUUUCGAACUGCUAGGUUGGCAGGAGCAGGGACCGAGCAACGGGAGCUCACCCCGUCAUAUUAUGAUAUUACGAUAUCUUUAUUGUCAUUGUCCCUUGCGGAUAUUGUCAUGGGGAUUCAAACCGCCGACCUUCUGAUUGGCAAGCCCUAGGCUCUGUGGUUUAAUGCACAGCGCCACCUGCGUCCCUCUAUAGUAAAGUAGUUUAUGUUAAUAUGAUUCAGAUUAAUGUGAUUCAGAUUCAUAUGAUUCAGAUUCACUUUGAUGUUCUUUCGAACUGCUAGGUGGGUAGGAGCUGGGACCAAACAACAGGAGCUCACCCCGUCGCGGGGUUUUGAACCGCCAACCUUCUGAUUGGCAAGUCCUAGGCUCUGUGGUUUAACCCACAGCGCCACCCGUGCCCCCUUCCAACAAGAGUAGCCAUCUCAAAGGGAAAGAAGCUGAGUAUUGAGCAUAGACUCAGGCAGAGCUGCAACAGGGAACCUCUUGUGUAGGUGAUAUUUCUUACUGGUGUGCCCUGUUGGGGUUAUUCCUUCAGAGACGCUGAGUACAGCUGGUUUAAACUGGUUCUGUUUUUUCUUUCAGUCAAGGUCAUACUAUCUAUAAUAAGAGGCCAGAAGGGUUUCUACUUUCUCUUUCUAUAUCUUUUCCGUCUGGUAUGGUGUUCUGUAUGCUUAGUGUUAAUAUUUAGUCUUAUUAUAAGUCAUUGUAAGUUUAAGUUAACUUUGCUGCAACUGGAUUUCUUAUGGACAGUGCCAAUCCUGAAUGUAUUGGAUUUCUGACCAUUAUGCUCAUUUGCCUUCAGUAGCAGUAAAGCUCUGCUACCGCUGGUCUAUUUUUGAGAAUCCUGCAGCGUGUUUAACUGCUAACUAUACAUUGGAAUCCACUCUGGAUCAAUAUUGAGUAGACUUUCAACGACAAAUUCCUGUCCUAAAGCACAAGCCUCAGAUGACUGCUUAGAUCAGCCUUUCUCAACCUGUGGGUCCCCAGAUGUUGUUGAACUACAACUCCCAUCACCCCUAGCUAGCAAGGCCAGAGCUCAAGGAUGAUGCGAGUUGUAGUCCAACAACGUCUGGGGACCCACAGGUUGAGAACCGCUGGCCUAGAUUUUCACCCAGGCUUCUGCAGGCUUCUCGUUGCAGCAACUGGCUGGCCGUUGUGGGAACAGGAUGUUGGGCUUGGUAGGCCCUCGGCCUGAUCCAGCAGUCAGGCUUUUAUUGCGUUCUUAACACUGCCACAUUGACGGCCGCUGCCUUGCCAGCAGACAUAGUGCCACACAGACCUGAAGGGACAGAGCCUAUCCCUUUCUGGGCUGCGCUGCCUUCUCUCCCUCAACCAUUUCCCUGUUUUUAGGUGCGGAGGCCGCUGGCCGAGAUGGCGGCCAAUCUCCCUGAGUCCGAGAAGGCUCCCUCGGAGGUGCGGCGUUCGCUGCGGGUCAGGAGGCCCACCAGGAAGGGAGAUGGAAGUUGUGCUUUGCUGGGUAACAAUUCUUUGUGCUUCCCUUAUGGCAGGUGAAGGGGAAAAUCCAGCCCCCCAGGUGUUGCUGGACUCCCAUCAUACAUUGACAUUGCUUGCAAAGGCUGAUGGGAGUGGUAGUUCUGCAGGGCCAAAGGUUCCCCCCUCCUGUUCCUAUGACAUGUCUUUUCUCUCGCCUCCUCUUCCCCUCCUCCGUUGCCUGCCUGACAUUUUGAGGGCUGCUGUCACAAGACUCUAGUCCUGUGUGAGGGGCAAUUCUUAUCCCCAGCCUGUCACAAAAAGGCUUCUCUGUUUGUUUAGAAGUAGGAGGACUGGGCUAUUACUUUAUCUAUAAAGGGAGCGGCCAUAGCGCAGUGGUAGAGCAUGCAGUAAAUCCCAGUUUCAACCUCCCCAACAGUGUCUCCAGGUACGGCUGGGAGAGACCCCAGUCUGUAAUUCUGGGCAGCUGCUGCCAGUCAGUGUGGACACUUCUAAACUAGAUGUGCCAGUGGACUCCUAACUAAAACAGUGCAGACAGAAUCUAAAAUGGAGGUAUUUUUAGGACACCGUAGCCACCUAUGGAAGCGAACCAGUGCUAUUUUUCUAGAACACCAUGAACACCUCCUUUGUUCUCUUGAACCUCAGUUUUUGCGCAUCUCGGAAGCCCAAAUGAUUCGGAACCUGAACACCGAAAACCCAGAAGUAAUUGCUUCUGUUUUCGAACGCGCCUCAGAAGUCAAAUGGCUUCCGCUGCAUGUUUUUCUAUUUUUUUCAUUUGAUUUUGCCGACUGCCCAUUGAUCCUCAGUUUUUGAACAUUUCAGAAGUCAAACGGUCAUCCGGAACGGAUUACGUUCGAAAACCAAGGUUCUGCUGUAACGGCAAUGGCGGCCACCUGAGAGGUGCCAGAACUGAGUUCCGGAAAGUUCCGGCUGAAAAAUAAAAAGCCCUGAAGCAAACCAUAUAUGGCACCCUUUGCCCAUUGGUUUCUUAGGUGAUUUCUUGAGAGAGAAAGAGAGAGUUUUUUCCCCUUCUUCCUUAGAAUUCAUUUCCCCUGUCUCUGUCUGUCUUGAUCCUCUAGAAGAUGAGCCUGCGAGCGACAACAACCAGGCAGAGAUCAGUCAAGCCGAAGUCCCUGCAUCUGAAGAAGUAGUGUCUCAGGAGGAAGUUUCCUCCGUGACUGAGGCUGCUGAAAGUGGGUACUCAUUAAAUAUGGCGUUUGUUUAAUAGAAGCAAUCUCUCUCGAGAAUGGAUCUGGAGCCGCUGUUUGUCAUACUGCCCUGAGUAAAGGGAGUGGUGCUUAGAUCUGGGCCUUGUCUCUAGGCCUGAGCCUGCCAGGGUUUCGAAGGGAUUAAGAAUGUAAGGCCAGCACUCAUAUUUUACCUCAUGGAAGGAAAGAAGGGAGUAACCAAGAGAGGAAUUCUCAGAGGUGCGCUGAGCGCGAUUUAUUUGACCUUUGCUUAUUUAUAUUCCCCCGCCCCAGUUAUUUUAUUUUAUUUUGACAAAGUAAUAAUCUUAAAUAAAUAAGAAUAAAAAUGUGCACCGCACCCCCGAGACCAUUCCAUUGUAACUAUCCAACCUCCCAAAUAUUCAUCCUGUGAUGGUUUGACCCCUUUCCGUUUUAACGGUACAAAUUCUACAAACACCUUCCAUAUCUCCUCAAAAUCAUUUCUCCUGCAUAUUCCCCAUCUUACCUUAAUGGCACAUGUUGAUUUAUCGUUAAUAGCUAUAUCCCACACCUCUUUAUACCAUUCUUCCAUUUUAUAUUCUGCUUGCCCCUUCCACUUCCUAGCGAUCAUAAUUCAUGCAGCUGUCAAUAAAUUUCUGAGCAAGCCCUUCAUGGUCUGCGAACCUUCCACCCCAUCGUAAAUUGAUAAUGAUGCUACCUCUGGACUUUUGGUCGGCUUUAACCCAGUGAUUUCUGUUAUCUCCUUAAACACCCUUUGGCAGAAAAAUUGUACUUAUUUACACCCCCACCACAUGUGAACAGAAUUCCCUGUUUCCUGGCAUUCCCUCCAACAUAACACGGAAUAUUCCUUUUUUUAUUUGAUUUAAUCUAACUAUAUCAGAUUAAAUCAGGUCGGACCAUUGCUUAUUUAUUAGUUUUAUUUUAAAUAUAUUUAGGUUCAUUUUCUUUCUUUUUAGUGUUUGAUGUUUUAUUGUGUUUUUAAUAUUCUGUUGGGAGCCACCCAAAGUGGCUGGGUUUAGGUUGAUUUUCUGAGCAGAUAUCCAUUCCUGAGCCUCUUACAAUCACAAAGCAACUUCAACGUUAAUCAGAAAUGGCGUGUAUUUGGCUGUAUCCCUUGUACCCCCAUUUCUCCACAGCAGUUUUCAGGCUCCAUUUCUGCCCCCCUCUCUCAUCCUUAUAGUUGUGCCGGUGAGCGAUGGGUGGCAGAGCGACGAUGAAGGGGAGCUGUGUGGGGCACCGUGCGAAGGAAGCGAGGGCACAGAGAUGGAGGAGAACUCCAGGGGUCUGGGAGGAACAAAGAGACGACAGGGAUCUGAGGCACCUGAGAAAGGGAAGAAGAAACUGGCAGGUAGUCUCUUAUUUCUAUUCACUUAGUUAUUUUUGCUACCCCGCUCUUCAUCCUGAGGUCCCAGGGUAAGUCACAGUGAUGUAAAAUGCUGUUCCUAGCAUUAGUCUGAUUGGUGUCCGAAAGACUGAGCGCUAAGCAAAAAUAAGUAUUUUACUUUUUUAAUCAUCUUUUUUUUUUAACCAAAGUAGUGAAAUAUUGCAAACAUUUGCAGCAAACAGGUUCAGCAGAUCUGAGGAAGCGAAGGCAAGGGAGGCAAAUUAGAGUAAGGGUUCUCUUGUUUGACAGUGAAAGGGAGAGAGAUAGCACUCCCAACAGCAGUGGCCAAAAGUCCCCCAAAUUACCCCAAAUUGGGUAAGACACAAGGUUUAUUUACACAUAGCUAUGGUAACAGAGAGCUGCGGAGGAGGCGCAUUCAGAGACUUGUCAAGACAGGCCCAGAAGUGGACUAAAAAUAAAAUAUGGAAGAGAUUUGCCCCGAGGCUGUGUCGGCAUCAAAAGUGGCCUUUGCCCCUUGGCCACUUCCAGUGAAUUCUCCUCAGAGUGCUUUGCUCUUGCAGAGGCAAACGGACAGCACCAUUCCCAACACCUCGGUGAGAGAGACGGCUGCGCAGACCCCGAUGAUGACUUCGUUGUUCUCUUGAAACCAUUUACGGGCGGAGACCACGCAGCCCGUCUUCCUCACCGGCCAGCUGUCGAAGGCGCCGGAAGGAGCGGCCAGAGGGCAGAAGCCUAUCGCUGCGUCCGAACUGGUGGCAUUGACGCCGCAAGAGCAAGGGUAGAGUGUGUAAUUUCUCUGCUGGAGGAAGAGGUUCAGCUUCCAGUUUUCCGGCCCAAUCCAUCCGCAGCAAGACAUCCUGGAUUGGAAAUAGUCCCAGGCAAGCAUGGCGGACCUGUUGGUUUCGUGCCUCAGGUCGUAGUACCGGAUGAGGUGGAGGACAAAGGUGGGCGUUUUUUCCUUCAUGGCCUUCGCACGGUGGUAGAUGAGCAAGAAGGUGGUGGCCUGGGCCGCCAGGAGCAACAGCAGGCCGAGGAAGUACAGUCCCAAGAAACAGCGGCUCCCGCUGAAGGCCCCCACGCAGCCCAGGAACCCCAUCACCAUGGUGACGGCCCCAACGCCAAUCAGGGUGUAAGGCACGAUGUACAUGGUGGAGGUCGAGAUCUGCAAGAUGGUGAUGAAGUUUCUCUUGUCAAACAAGAGCCAUAGUCCGGAGCCCAUCAGCAUGGCCCCCAGAACAAAGAAGAGGUGGUUAAAGAAGAAGAGGCUGUAAACAGUGGCUUUCUGACAGAUGGGCCUCAUCUUCUCACAGACGCAGCUUCCUUCUGUUUCGGAACUCAGAACCUCCAGGACAGACACACAAACACACAGUUCAACAGCUGUACGGGCUUGGAUGAGCCACAGAACGAAGUGCCUGAGAGCACCUGGGCUCACAGCUUUUUUUAUUAUCAUCUAGUCGCCUUUGAGUUCUGCACCCCAACCCCUCUUGUUUUUUAACAUCUGCCACUUCAUUUGUGUGGUCUUUUUCCCCUCCCCCUUUCUGGAAGUGGAGCUCUCAGAAGUGGCCUUCCUCCCCCUGUCAGCUGACGUGGUACAUUCCAUUUGAUUUCCUCACUUCUAAACUGAUGGCCACUGGUCAGGGAUGAUGCGAGCGGAAAGUUCAGCAACAUCUGGAGGGCCUGAUAGAUAGACAGACAGAUAGAUAGAUAGAUAGAUCCAUCUCUUUAGAACAAUAAAAAUACAAUUUUAGUUUGUAUUUAUACCCUGCUUGUCAUCAAAUGGUCUGAGAUGAGUUACAGAAAUAUAGCAAUGAAAAUAACUGCAAUAUAUCAAUAGAAUACUUGCCUUUGACUUUCAGGUGUCUCAAUAGGCCUAUGUAGUUGUUCAUAAUUUCCUUGAGUAGCUAUUCACUUUAGCAGUUGUUCUGUUAGGGUUGCAAUACGUCAAUAAUAAUAAUAAUAAUAAUAAUAAUAAUAAUAAUAAUAAUAUAUUAUUAUUAUUAUUAUUAUUAUUACAGUGGUACCUUGGAACUCAAAUGGUUUGGCUCCUGAAUAAAUUGGCUCCCAAACGCCGCAAACCUGGAAGUGAGUGUUCCAGUUUGCGAACGUUAUUUGGAAGCCAAACGUCCGAUGCCUUGGUUUUUGAACCGUUUUGGGAGUCUAAUGGACUCCCGGAACAGAUUAAGUUUGACAACCAAGGUACCACUAUAUUAUUAUUAUUAUUAUUAUUAUUAUUAUUAUUAUACUCCACUCAUCUGGCUGGGUUUCCCCAGCCACUCUGGGCAGCUUACAGUGUAUCUUAAAACAUAAUAAAAACAUCAAACAUUUGGGACAAAGCCUGUAUUCAGCCCCCUUGAGCACCUUUUCCUCUAAGGCAUAUGUAGUUCUCCCCCUCCUCAUUUGAUCCCCACAACAACCCUUUGAGGUGGGUUAGGCUGAGAAGCAGUGACUGUGCACUCCCCACAUUUUAAUUGUGUAAACUAUCAGUUUAAUUGUAUAAGCUAUCAGUGGAUUGGGUGAAACAUCAAGGCUUUCAGAAAUACAAAAAAUCCCUAAGGUAGAAUCCACUCUUCCAAAAAGCCCAAUGAGGAUGUCACAUGCUGACAGUUGGGGGCCGGGGAACCCAGAAAAUCAGAUGGGAGAGACAAUGGAAUGGAGUCUCUUAGGAGGGGGUAUGGCUGGCAGACCAGAGGAACACUCCACACUGUCAUGUUUUAUUGCAGGACCCAUUUGGGACACUCUUUUCUCUCCCUCUCUCAUUUUGUUCUAGCAGGCAGUGAUCAAGUGCCAGGGAAUGAAGAGGAAAGUCAGCUGGAAACAGCCGAGCGAGGAGGAGGAGAAACUUCGGGGACAGUCAGCGGGAAAUCUCCCCAGGGUCUUAAGAUUGAAGGGACACCUGGAAUCCUGCAGGAUACAGAGCACCUGAAGGAGAUACCAGCGAAAGAGAAUCCAUAUAAAUGCCUCUCCUGCGAGGAAAGUUUCCAUAAGCGGUCUCAGCUGGUUAUACACCAGAGGGGUCAUGCUGGAGAGAAGCCGUACAGUUGCUCCCAGUGUGGCCAGGGUUUCUCUUCCCGCCCCGAACUUCUCGGCCACGAGACAAGCCACACGGAAGAGAAACCAUAUCAGUGCUCGGACUGCGGGAAGAGCUUUCGGGAACAAGCGUACGUUGUCCAGCACAAGAGGAUCCACACAGGGGAGAGGCCGUAUACGUGCUCCGAGUGCGGGAAGAGCUUCUAUCGCAGAGGGUCCCUUAUUCUGCACGAGAGAAUCCACACGGGAGAGAAGCUGUACAAGUGCCCGGACUGUGGGAAGAGCUUCAAUCGGAAGCCGCACCUUGCCGUGCACAGGAGAAUCCACACGGGGGAGAAACCCUACGAAUGCUCCGACUGUGGGAAGAACUUCACUGUGAAAUCUGCCCUCAACGUGCACAUGAGGACCCAUUCUGAAGAGAAGCCGUACCAGUGCUCCGACUGCGGGAAGAGCUUCCGCGAGAAAGGGACGCUCAACAUACACAAGCAGAGCCACACGGCAGAGAAGCCGUUUCAGUGCUCCGAGUGCGGAAAGUGCUUCCGCUAUGCAGCAUCGUUUCGGAGACAUAAGAAGUCCCAUUCGGUGGGACCCGUCUUGAAAUCCUACGAAUGCCCCGAGUGCGGGAAGAGCUUUGGCCGCAAAGAUUACCUUAUCACACACCGGAGAAUCCACACCGGAGAGAAGCCGUACAUGUGCUCCGUGUGCGGGAAGAGCUUCAACCACGGCGCGACCCUCGUCACGCAUAAGAGGACUCACACGGGAGAGAAGCCGUACGAGUGCUCCGAGUGUGACAAAAGCUUCAAGCAGAUUUCGGGCCUUAUUACACACCGGAGAACCCACACAGGAGAGAAGCCGUAUGGAUGUUCCGAUUGCGGGAAAUCCUUCAUCCUGAAAUCGUACCUUGAUGUGCAUAAGCGGACUCACACCGGAGAGAGACCGUAUCAGUGUUCACACUGUGGGAAAGGGUUCUCAUGCUCCUCUUACCUUUUAAGACAUGAGAAAACCCACACCGGGGAGCGAUCGCACAUAUGCUCUGACUGUGGCCAAAGUUUCCAUUGGAAACGGUCCCUGAUCAUGCACAUGAGGAAACAUACAGGGGAGCAGAACGUACACGAUUGCACCAUCUGUGGCAAAAGCUUCAGCUGGUCGUCUGCUCUUAACGUACACAUGAGAACCCACACUGGGGAGAAGCCGUACAUGUGCUCUGAGUGCGGGAAGAGUUUCAGCGGCAAAUGGAUCCUCAUUCAGCACAAGAGAAUCCACACGGGCGAGAAGCCGUACGAAUGCCCCGAGUGCGGGAAAUGCUUCCACGUGAAAUCCUCUCUCCUCGCGCACCAGAGGACCCACACGGGGGAGAAGCCCCAUGAAUGCUCCGAGUGCGGGAAGAGCUACAGCGUGAAAGCCAACUUCACCGCGCACAUGCGGACGCACACAGGGGAGAAGCCGUACCAGUGCGCCGAGUGCGGGAAAAGCUUCUACAAGAAAGACCGCCUCAUGACGCACAAGAGGACCCACACGGGAGAGAAGCCCUACCAGUGCUCAGAGUGCGGGAAGGGCUUCAACUGGAAAGUCGGCCUGAUCAACCACAUGAGGAUCCACACGGGGGAGAAGCCGUACGCCUGCGCCGCGUGCGGGAAGUGCUUCCACAAGAAGGACCACCUGGCGCGCCACGAGAUCAUCCACACGGGAGAGAAGCCGUACACCUGCUUCGACUGCGGGAAGAGCUUCAACCAGAAAGUUGCCCUCCUCGUGCACAAGAGGACCCACACGGGAGAGAAGCCCUACAAGUGCUCCGAGUGCGGGAAAAGCUUCAGCUGGAAAAAGUCCCUGAUCACACACAAGGCGGCUCACACGGGAAAGAAGCCCUAUCAGUGCUCAGAAUGCACGGAAAGCUUCAGCAGGAGAUCCCAGCUUGCCGAACAUGAACAGAUGCACAUAGGUGAGAUGGAGUAGGAUGAUUUGCUUCUGUGAGGGCAGGUCGUUGCCCUGGGGGGAGCACCUCCUUUCCAGGUUCGACCCCAGGAUCCCUGGAUUAAAAGUAGUAGUAGUAGUAAUAAUAAUAAUUUAUUUAUCAUUUAUACCCCACCCAUCUGGCUGGGUUUCCCCAGCCGCUCUGGGCGGUUCCCAACAGAAUAUUAAAAACACCAUCAAACAUUAAAAGCUUCCCUAAACAGGGCUGCCUUCAGAUGUCUUCUAAAAGUCAGAUAUUGUUCAUUUCCUUGGCGUCUGCUGGGAGGGUGUGCCACAGGGCAGGCGCCACCACCGAGAAGGCCCUCUGCCUGGUUCCCUCUAACCUCACUUCUCGCAGUGAGGGAACCGCCAGAAGGCCCUUGGAACUGGACCUCAGAGCUGGACACUCAGGCUGAAUGAUGGGGGUGGAGAUGCUCCUUCAGGUAUACUGGACCGAGGCUGUUUAAGGCUUUAAAGGUCAGCACCAGCACUUUGAUUUGUGCUCAGAAACGUACUGGGAACAAAUGUAGGUCUUUCAGGACCAGUGUUAUAUGGUCUCGGCGGCCACUCCCAGUCACCAGUCUAACUGCCCGCAUUCUGGAUUAGUUGCAGUUUCUGGGUGACCUUCAAAGGUAGCCCCACAUAGAGUGCAUUGUAGUAGUCCAAGGGGGAGAUAACUAGAGCAUGCACCACUCUGGUGAGACGGUCCAUGGGUAGAGGGUCUCAGCCUGCGUACCAGAUGGAGCUGGUAAACAGCUGCCCUGGACACAGAAUUGACCUGUGCCUCCAUGGACAGCUGUGAGUCCAAAAUGACUCCCAGGCUGCGCACCUGGUCCUUCAGGGGAACAGUUACCCCAUUCAAGACCAGGGAGUGCCCCCCACCUGCCCGCCCCCUUUCUCUCAAAAACAGUACUUCUGUCUUGUCAGGAUCUCUGGCAGCAUGCCAAGGAGCAGCCCAUAGCUCAGCCUCCUUUUUAACCAUCCGAUAUGCCCUUUUAAAAUGUGGCUCUUUCUUUUUGGGAGGGGUGUUAUUGGGUUGUUGUUUUUAUUUUGAUUAUAUUGUGGUUUUAUGUCGAUCUUUUCUGUGAACCGCCCUGAGACCUCUGGGUAUAGGGCGGUAUAUAAAUCCAAUUAAUAAUAAUAAUAACCAUUCAGAACGUGACAAACCUAUAUCCUCCUUGUUGUUCCCCCACCUGCCCCAUUCAUGGUUUCCCCACUCCCCGUGAAUAAAAACCGUGUAGCAGUUUAUUUUUUGUACAUUUCAGGCUUCAUUGCCGAAUCUACGGAGCUCACCGUGGAGGAAAUCAGCACCGCCGUGGUAAGGAAGAGCUUUCAUUUUGCUUUGCCGAGAGAAGCUUUUAAUUACAACGCAUCAUUAUUUCCUCUAUGACAGGAAUCGGGGAACGACCUUUUUCGUUCCUUUCUGGGGAAUCCCCUGGGGUCACAGGACAGUGGUGGGUGGGUCCAGAGGGGGGCAGCCAAUUAAAUGUUACCUUUGCUCAGCCAGCAAGUUUUAUGCUCGCUCCCUCACCUCCCUGGAGCUGUUAUCAGAGUUCAAGGAGGGGUACAAAGCAGGAUCAGCAAGAGGGAGGUUUGGGGAGCAAGUGCGUGGCCUGGGGAGAAUUCUGAUAAAGAGUGACAAUUCCCAGAAUUCCCUGGGAAGAAGGACUGAUUGUUUAGCCACCCUGGGAAAUGGAGUUCUGGGAGAGGAACAGAGGGUCUCCUCAGCACCCAUAACAGACUACAGUUCCCAGGAUCCUUUGGGGGAAGCCAUGACUGCUUAAAAGGGACGCGGGUGGCGCUGUGGGUUAAACCACAGAGCCUAGGGCUUGCCGAUCAGAAGGUCGGUGGUUCGAAUCCCCGCGACGGGGGGAGCGCCCGUUGCUCGGUCCCAGCUCCUGCCCACCUAGCAGUUUGAAAGCACGUCAAAGUGCAAGUAGAUAAAUAGGUACCACUCUGGCAGGAAGGUAAACGGCGUUUCCAUGCACUGCUCUGGUUCGCCAGAAGCAGCUUAGUCAUGCUGGCCACAUGAUGACCACCCAAAGGGUGCUCAUCAAUGGUUCCUCUUCAUCCUGGAGAAGAGUGACUAGUGGGGUGCCACAGGGUUCUGUCUUGGGCCCGGUCUUAUUCAACAUCUUUAUCAAUGACUUGGAUGAUGGACUCAAGGGCAUCCUGAUCAAAUUUGCAGAUGACACCAAACUGGGAGGGGUGGCUAACACCCCAGAGGACAGGAUCACAUUUCAAAACGACCUUGACAGAUUAGAGAACUGGGCAAAAACAAACAAGAUGAAUUUUAACAGGGAGAAAUGUAAAGUAUUGCACUUGGGCAAAAAAAUGAGAGGCACAAAUACAAGAUGGGGGACACCUGGCUUGAGAGCAGUACAUGUGAAAAGGAUCUAGGAGUCUUGGUUGACCACAAACUUGACAUGAGCCAACAGUGUGACGCGGCAGCUAAAAAAGCCAAUACAGGCUAUGGCUGCAUCAAUAGGAGUAUAGCAUCUAGAUCAAGGGAAGUAAUAGUGCCACUGUAUUCUGCUCUGGUCAGACCUCACCUGGAGUACUGUGUCCAGUUCUGAGCACCACAGUUCAAGAAGGACACUGACAAACUGGAACGUGUCCAGAGGAGGGCAACCAAAAUGGUCAAAGGCCUGGAAACGAUGCCUUAUGAGGAACGGCUAAGGGAGCUGGGCAUGUUUAGCCUGGAGAAGAGGAGGUUAAGGGGUGAUAUGAUAGCCAUGUUCAAAUAUAUAAAAGGAUGUCACAUAGAGGGGGAGAAAGGUUGUUUUCUGCUGCUCCAGAGAAGCGGACACGGAGCAAUGGAUCCAAACUACAAGAAAGAAGAUUCCACCUAAACAUUAGGAAGAACUUCCUGACAGUAAGAGCUGUUCGAUAGUGGAAUUUGCUGCCAAGGAGUGUGGUGGAGUCUCCUUCUUUGGAGGUCUUUAAGCAGAGGCUUGACAACCAUAUGUCAGGAGUGCUCUGAUGGUGUUUCCUGCUUGGCAGGGGGUUGGACUCGAUGGCCCUUGUGGUCUCUUCCAACUCUAUGAUUCUAUGAUUCUAUGACCCGGAAGCUGUACGCCGGCUCCCUCAGCCAAUAAAGCGAGAUGAGCGCCGCAACCCCAGAGUCCUCCGCGACUGGACCUAAUGGUCAGGGGUCCCUUUACCUUUACCCUUUAUGACUGCUUAAAGUGGUGGACGCGGGGGGCGCUGUGGUCUAAACCACUGAGCCUCUUGGGCUUGCCAAUCGGAUGGUUGGCGGUUCGAAUCCCCAUGACAGGGUGAGCUCACAUUUCUCUGUCCCAGCUCCUGCCAACCUAGCAGUUCGAAAGCACGCCAGCACAAGUAGAUAAAUAGGUAAACGGCGUUUCUGUGCGCUCUGGCUUCCAUCACGGUGCCCCAUUGCACCAGAAGCGGUUUAGUCCUGCUGUCCACAUGACCCGGAAAGCUGUGGACAAAUGCUGGCUCCCUCGGCCUGAAAGUGAGAUGAGAGCCACAACCACAUAAGUCGCCUUUGACUGGACUUAACCGUCCAGGGGUCCUUUACCUUUACCUUUUAAAGUAGUAAUGCAGAUGAGAGCCUUAAAUUUAAACCACGCCCAAGUCUGGAUAUGCCAAAGCUGCCUUUCCUUGGCUGGGCUGUGUAGAUGACGUCUGUCUUAUUCAUAACACUCUUUGAUUGUUCCAGAUGAGCUUGGAUUGCAAUGCCAUUAUUUUGACCACCGCUGUAUAGAGCAGGAAACAACAGGAAGCUGCACUUGGGUAAGACAAGCAACAGCCAGUGUGUUGUGGAGCCUGGAGUUUUGUGUGAGGACCAGGGAGACAAAGGAUCAAAUCCCUGGUCCAACCACGGAGCUUCCUGUAUGACGAUAGGCCAGUUCCUCCUCCUUAGUUUAUCCUCCAUGUUGCAAGGAUAAAACGAGGGUGAGGGAGAGUGGAGAAGCUGCUAUAUCCCACCAGGAGAAUAGGAUAUAAGCACAGUAAAUAGUAAUAAUUCCCAGACCCCAUUAAAAAAUGCUGCUUUAUUACCUUGAAAUCCCUCAGAUAUCUUAAAAACCACCUUCUCCCUUAAGAACCUGCUGGUCACCUUUGUCCAACUGAUUUUAUUAAUAAACUCUGGAGAGAUGUUUAUUAGCAUACUGUUUAAGCAGAAUAAAUGUAUAGAAGUAGGGUCUCCUUUUCUAAUACACCUUUGCCUCCCAAACAUUCUGAUUGGUUUCGACAUACAGUGGUACUUCGGUUUUCGAGUGUCUCAGAAACCGAACGUUUCGGUUUUCGAACACCGAAAACCCGAAAGUAAAUGCUUCGGUUUUCGGACACGCCUCAAAAGUUGAACGGCUUCCACUGCAUUUUUUCCAAAUUUUUCCAUUGAAACUGCAGACCGCCCUUCGCGCCUCAGUUGUCGAACGUUUCAGCAGCCGAAUGGUCUUCCGGUACUGUGAAAUUUUGUUAAAGCAUAGAUAUAGGUACAGGUACAGCUAGGUCCCGCUAUCCACCCACUCACUCUUGGAAAAUUCACUUAUCUGAGCAUAAAUAAUUAUGCCCAAACCAGCAGAUUCAGAUAUCUGAAUAUCCAGAUUUUGCCCACUUCCUUUCUUCCUUGUUCUUUGCUGGUCAAUGGUAGCCAUUUUUGGGCAGAAAGCAUGCAGAGAGAGACAGAGAUUAGAAAAAUCUGGGAGCAGGAGAGAUUGGACAAAUUUGUUUUUCCUUUGUCUCUUUUUUGCUGGUUGGCUGCAGCCAUAUCGGGAAGGAACCACAGAGAUUGUACAAAUCCCCAGUUAGAAAUAUUCCCAUAGGAAUCAGUGGAAAUCAUGGACUUGUUAUGCGAACACUUGCUUAAUGAAUGAUUUCCAGGGAAUGCAGUGUGUUCAGUAAGUGGGACCUGCGGGUAUAUAGAUAGUGCACUCAGGUCAACAAUGCAGACCCUGCCUUGUGUCUCCAAUGGCACAAAUGAUUAUGGGAGUCGUAGUUUGCUAAGGGUUGUUAGAUCCCUGUUCCCCUUACAGACCUACAGUUCCCAGAUUUCUCUGUGAACAGGGAUUGUCAAACCACUCUGAGAAUAAGAGUUCUCUGAGGGGAAUAGGAGUCUCCUAACAAACUUCUGCACCCUUAACAAACUACAAUUCCCAGAAUACUCUGGGGGAAGUCAUGGCUAUUUAAAAUAAUAUCAUGGUGCUUUAUAUGCAUGGUAUGGAGGUGGCCAAAGCAAAAAUAUAUACCGUAUAUAAAAUACAGAAUAAGUUAUGCAAGUUAAGACCAUGUUACAUGAUAAUUUAUACAAGGCUCAAAAGCUUUGACUGGGGCAGAAAUUAGAUUUCCUAAAUGCAUAAAUCUGUGUUUCAUUUUGUUUUUUAAAUAAACAUGGCAUUCAUAUGGCUGUAGACGUUAAUCUACAACUGUUUUAGGAACAGGCAUUUUAUUACUUGUGGAAAGGAUCCUUGCAAAUAUUUUCAUGCUGAUACUAGAAAGAUGUGUUUAUAUAUAUAUUCUCUCUCUCACUUUUAGCAAAUCAUUGUGAUGCUCUUGUUUUAUUUCCCAUGCAGGAUUCUGGAAGCUAGCCAGUUUGCUGAACCUGGUUUUUUUUUUUUAAUAAGAAAAAGCUUUUUACAUAUGCUGCUGCAGCAGAGUAUCUUUAACCUUCUCAUGAGUUCUGUGCGGAAACUCAAUCCCUUUUCAGGGCUUGGUUAUCUUGCAACUGCUUCAGAAUUAUUGAAUUAUCUCUCAAGAUCAUCUCCUCCCUCUCUCUCAAUCCUUCUGGUCGUUGAAGCCCCCAUCUGGCUUUUAAUCCAUGUCAGCACUAUAUAAAAACCCUUGCCUUCGCUUGCAUUUUCCGAAGGAUAUAGCUCUGAAUAAAACUCUUUAGAAUCGAAUGGGUGC